AGGCUUGAAGAGCAACAGUGAGCAUCAGCUGAUCAAAGAGCUGAAGGCCACUGUGGACCAUCUCGAGGAGUUGAAGCAACGCGCCAACGACCUUUACAAAAAUGGAAGCCUUGAUGAGGCCAUCCAGCUCUAUUCUGCGGCCAUCAACCGUGAUCCCGAUUGCGAAGAUACGCGCACUGUGGCCACACUCUACUACAACCGCUCGGCUGCCUUGCGGAAGAAGGGCGAGUUUGAGAAAGCCCUGGAUGAUGCCAAUAUGGCCCUAGCGCUACACCCCAAGUGGACGAAGGCGCUCUACCGGCGGGGCAUCCUUUUGUUGGAGUGUGGCCGCUACGCAGAAGCCCUCACAGAGCUGAAGGUGGUGCAGCGCGCAGAUCCCACCUUUGAUGAUGACCUACAAGAUUGGCUGCGCCGUGCCCACAACUGGUUGUCGAAGCCCAAAGGCACCACAAACUACUACAAGCUCAUGGCUUUGCCGAUGGAUGCCAGCAAAGACGACAUCCGAAAGCAGUACCGGCGGCUGUGCUUGCAGUGGCACCCCGACAAGUCGGAGGGCGGGCGAGAACGCUUCGAGGAGCUCCAAGUGGCGCACCGAUUUCUGACGGAUGAGGUGCAGAAGGAGGAGUAUGAUUUUGGCAUUUGGCUCGAUCGCCCUGCUCGACAUCAUACCAAGAAACGUGAGAAAGUCAAGGACUCCUGGGAUGACAAGGCUCCGGACGAGGGUCCUCGAACUCAUUACAAUUGGGGAGACCGGCACCUCAUUGAGGAUGAGAAGGUGGAAAGCAUUUACUGGGGAGAGGCUGGGUGUCCAGCUUGGCUUCAGGAGAAGAGGAAAGAGUUCCAGCGAAAGCAGUUUGGAGAUGACUACAUCGUGCCAUAAGAAGUGGCCAA